AUGAAUAAUUCAUCAUUGUUUCUUAUUUUUGGUUCAUUAGUUGUAUUUUCUCUUGCUGGUAUUAUCUUUAUAAUAUUACUAACAACAAAUAAUUCAUCUAUAAAAACACAAUCACUUGAUAUAGGUGAAGAUCUUCAACGAAUUAAUACAAAAGAUCCAGCAGCACCAAGAUUUUCCGAUAAAUUUAUCAUAGAUACUUCUUUUCCAUAG